AUGCCCGCCCUCGACGAUUUGUCGAUCAACUUCGAUCAACCGGACCGUAAGUACCUUCCGGGCGAGAAAGUGAGCGGCGAGGUGACUCUGCUCAACACCGAGCCGUUGGCUGCUCGUUUUCUGAAGAUCUACUGGUCCGGAAUCGCCAAAACCGACUGGUUCUUCUGUGCGGACACGUUCACCAGAAAGAAGUUCUUCUCGGACUAUAAGAUCGCGUGGUGCUCGAAGGAUGGCUCGGUACAGGCUCUAUUCCAACCUAUUCAACUAACUAUUAUCCUUUUCCAGAACAAACUGCCCGCUGGCAAGCACGUCUUCCCCUUCUCGUUUGUUCUUCCGGAGGGUUGCUCGCCGAGCAUCUCGGGCAAGUACGCCAACAUCGCGUACUGCGUUCGUGUCGUUGUCGACCGUCCGUGGAAGUUGUCCAACUUCAAACUGGCGAAGAAUUUCGUGGUCACCCAGGAGACUGACUUCUCGGCCGAGCCGGAGAAGCUCAAGUCGUGGUGGUACUCGAUUCUCUCCAAGUCGGGAUUGGUUUUCAAGGACGGACUUGUGAAGAUUAAGGUGGGGUUGGUGAUUUGCGGUUUGCGCUGAUUUGCGGUUGCGAAAUAUACCGCUUUUUUGCAGAUGAAGAUGCCGAAAGUGGCGUUCGCGCCGGGCGAGUCGUUCACCGUCAAAGUGCUCCUGGAGAACAUGAGCACAAAACCGAUUGCGUCCAUCAACAUCCGGCUCUUCCGGCUCUGUCACGCGCAUUCCCGACCCCAACUCGCGCCGUGCAAAUCGCCCUUUUCCAAGGAGUGUCCGCUCGAUUUGACGCGUCAAAAGUUCGAGUCGAAAGAGGUGGCCACGUUCAAAAAACUGCCGUUCGGCGUCGAUGCGAUGAGCAAGAAGACGCUCGAGUUUGAGCUGAAAGUACCCGACGACGCGGUGCCGAGCUUCCGUGACUCGUUGAUGACGGUCACCUAUCAGAUAUGUCUCGACACUCCGAACAACUAUCCGAUGUACGCUCGAUUUGAAGUCGGAGAAUUGGCCGAGAAGACGGAGAAGAAGGACGCUCCGCCACCCUAUCAACCUUAA